CUGACACUCCUGAGCAAAUUCUUCUCCACGUCGCUUCAACCCAACCAUCACUGUUUUCCUUUGUAAAAGAAGACCAGGCUGUUCUUUUCCUUUUUGGAUUUCUGCUGUUGAACUGGAUCUAAGUGCCAUCAGGGAAGAUGUCUGUGACGAUGGCGAGAAAUGACGGAGUAACGGUUUUUACGGUGCAGUCCGACCCGCAGAGCCGCUGGCCUCCAGUGUGUCAGAUCCUGAAGAGCCUCUGCUACAGUCCGCUGUGCUGCUCUCUGUCUCCCCAUGUGAGGAAGAUCCAGGGAACGUCCUCCUCAGUCCUCGGCGCCAUGCAGAUAAUGAUCGGACUGCUCAAUCUGGGCUUAGGCGGAACACUGCGCAGCAGUCCAGACACCUGGUUCCUGAAUUCUUCUGAAUUUCCCUACUGGUUGGGAGCGCUGUUCAUCACUUUUGGAGUGAUGUGCGUUUUAUCUGAGAAGUUCCCAAGCCUGUGCCUGGUCAUCCUGAACGUGAUCCUGAACCUGGUCGGAGUUGGUUUCGCCAUAGCAGCCAUCGUGCUCUACAGCAUCUACAUAGCACACCUUCCUAUGUGGUGGUGGUGGAAUUGCUCCAACUCCAGAUCCAACUACUUCCCUACUCCACCUUCACAGAGUGAAACUGAAUUCUUUAGCCAGAUGUGUCUCGAAGGCAGUUUGUUGUCUAAGGUGCUGCUGAUAGGAAUGAAUGUUGUGCUGAUCGUCCUGUCCAUCAUGGAGCUCUGCGUCGUCAUCAGCACCGUCGUCCUCGGCAUCAAGACCCUGAGGAACUCAGUGCAGGAGCAAAACACGGAUGCUGAAAACACCAAACCUCUGAUGGAGGCAGUCUCCUCUGAUUCCACAGCCUAAUGACCUCUGCUCCUUUCAAACUUUAAGUGUUAAAAGUAAAAGCUGAUGUUUUUCUUUUCUUUAUUACUUCGCUGUUGCAUUUGUAUAACAUAAAAAAACAAUGAUACAUUUUGGUCCUUCUUGUUGACAGAACCUCAUUAUAUUUCUUUAUUUCUCUGCCUAUUUGUGAAGUAGCAUUCAUUUAGGGAAGCAUUCCUCUAAGGAAGUGCAGAUAUCAUGACACUGAUUACCUGCCCUGCACAGUUAAUCAUUUGCUGAAGUCAAAUAAAUCUGCUGAGAUGGAGUUUUUGUCAUGAUCUUUCUGUCUAUGCUAUCCUGUUUUUUAGUCAAACUCAUUAAAACACUGCAUGUACUGUAAAAUAAAGAUUCAUGUACCUCAA